UCUUCGGUAGUCGAGUUGGCGAAGCUCAGGCGCAGCGGCCAACGCCUGGUAGUCAAUUAUGUGAUGAAUCGGUCGACGUCCUCAUCCUCUAGAAAACUUGCGCCGAUGACGUUGACAUACGAACUGGUCGGUACUGGUGGUCAAGUUUUGCCAGUCGUUGCUUCGGUUGAGGUGCAGCUGCAGUGAUGAAUACCAUGCAUCUGUUUGGUUCGUCUUCGUAGUCGGUUGCCCAAGAAACAAUGACUUCAUGAUCUACUUCCGCAUCAACUACCUAACAUGCUGUCAGGUCUUCAAAGUUUUCAUCCCAAGACCACCGUCUUUCAUCUUAUCGUUAUCUCACGUUCAUCUUAUUUUCCUCACCCAAGAUUAUCUAAAUUUGUGAAAUCUUGUUUUCAUCAUCUUUCUUGUCGAGGCUAGUGGCUGAUCUUUCACCAUCAACUACUUCUUUGCGCAAAUAAAAGAAUUACCGACAGACCGCUUCGUUCGAAACAAAUCAAAUCAAAAUCCGUGUUGGUGUUUCGGCUUCUCACUCGAGUGGGUACCAAACGCAAGCUCAUCCAUCUCACCUCGAUAUAAUUUUAUCCAAGGACAACAUCGACGUCGUAGUCGUCUGUAAUUUCUGUAAACGAACCUGAACCACUACUAAAAUCAAACACGAAAACGAAAUUUUUAAACCAAAAAUGGCAUUUUCAACAAAUUCAAUUCCUCCCCGAGGACCUGGGCGAUUGCAAAAAUGGGCGGUUUUGCAGGUGGUUUUCCUGGGCGGUGGGCACCAUCUUGUAAUCUCGGGAACAACAAACCUCGUCGCUGCGGUUCGGCACGACAAAGACCCAUCUAUGCAUUGCAAAAGUAUCGUACUCGUAUUAAUUGCAGUACUACACACAGCAUGACAGGUCUCGUUACUUAACUAAUUUGGCUUCACAAAUCCCAGUUUGCAUUCUGGAAAAAUUUGUAAUGCUAUUUUCACUAGCAAGUUAGUACGAAUGGGAAUGCGAUACUUUUGCAAUGCAUACAAUCCGAUGCGGAACAACUGUCCUUGCUUGGUCGAAUCCUCGCACCCUGGGGCUGGACGACACCACCUGCGCCUGAAACCGCGUCUGACAACACGAGCGCGAACCCAAUAAUCACGAGCAUGAGCAGCAGCGACGCAGCGCGGGCUUCCACGUCCGGCAGUUCUGCUGGGCCAGAAGAUGAAGAUGCCGCUGGAGGUCCUCGGGUGAACGACCAUGUCAGGAGCGCGACCCAGCGGGAAGAUCUGCACGUUGUGGUGGACCAAGACACCGCGUUUCUGCAGCAGGAGCAGAGUGCACCAGCGGACGUGGCGGCGGUGCAGCAGCAGGGUCUUCGCGGCGGGGGUGCAGGCGGACAAAAUCCCGUUCUUGUCCCUGUCGCCGACGGCAGCACCAGCGCAACGAAAACCCUGUCCGGCGCUGCUGGCGGAGGAGAGCCAGAAGAUGCGGAAAAACAAGAAGACCACGCAGCCGAGGUUGUCUCUACGCCGCCGUCCUCGCCGGGAUUUUUGCAGCGGCGGGAUGGCUCUUGUUUCUGGUGCGGCCUGACGGGAAAAAGCAAAAAGACCACGCCCCCUCCUGUCGAGGAGGAGGUGGAAGUUCCGCAAGAACCUCCCGUGCAGCCGUCGCAACUGAAUCUUGUGAUCAAGGAUGUGCCGCAUCCGCAGGUCGACGCUCCGCCGCGUGCCGAAGAUCGUGGAGGUUGGCACGCGGCGGGGCUGCAGGCGCAAGCGCAAGCGCAAGCGCAAGCGCAGGCGCAGCAACAAGCUGAUCUUCACGCUGCUCCGCCUCCGCUGGGACGGCAACAACUGCCUGCAGGUGGAGGAGGUGGAUCACUCGCCGGUGGACGACACGCACUGUCACUCGGGUCCUCUGAAACUGCUCAUGCUGCUUUUGGAUUGUUCCAACCUCCACCAGCACGUACCGACGAGCUGGAAGAGCCUCCGCCGCUGCCCCCGCCCAUGCAAGCCCCUCUGACGCCAGCGCCACUGAUCACGCUGACGUCGAGUUCAGCCGGAGACGGUGGUGGCGGACUGGCUGCGGCCCGACAACCACCUCCAGCACUCGCAGCUUCAACAACUGGAGCACAGUUCGCGACCGCUCUCGGUUCUCUUUCACCGCCGCGGGAAACAUUUCCAAAUGGUAUGCCCAUAACGGUCCGUAACGCAUCGUGUUGCAAAAGUAGGAAUGAUGAUAACAAAUGAAGCAAGACAUCCAUUGCAUCGUUCCGGUUUUAGUUUCAUUUCAAGAUGGUAGGCCCUGCCGCGCAAGUUCCGCACUUUUGACGGUGCAGCGCGAGCACUACCGCUAAAUCCGCACUUUUUGGAAGUCAAAAAAGCGAAAACGCUACCUAGCUAUAAAAUGAAGGAAGCUGGAAGUCAAAGUGUAGUCAGUGUAGCCGUUUCAUGGCCAUCCAACAAAAAAUUGAUUCGCCUGGAAUUAGGGUCGUGCGUGUGCCACUGGCGACAUACUGUUAUAGGCAGGUUCAUCAGUAAACAGUAUCAAUUUCCGACUCUAUGUCGCUUUUGCGCACAGGAUACGGGCCGUUUUGCUCAACGAUAUUAGAUGAGGCAUUACGACGAGCAGCUCCAGGACGUGUCAUGAGUGGGGCUCUCGGUGCUGUUGGGGGUGAAGCUUCUCUGACCGGGUCGGUUCCUAGUGGUGGUUCUCGAACUGCAGCUGGUGCACGGGCGGAGGGCUGGGCCCGUCGGUUCGAAGCGGUACGGCACGACGCCGAUCGUGCUGCUGGUCUUGAUGGAGGAGUUGCGCUUUCCGCGGGCAGUGGUGGAGCGACUGCUCAACUGCUCCCGGCGACACAAGUGGUUGCAGCAGAACCACGCGCGCCGUUCCGGGAUCGCGUUCGGAAAGCAGUGACGUUCGCCACAGCAUUUGGCGGCGGGCGUCCCGGGAGUUUGGCGCCUCCUCUUUCGCCUGCGUCCACGAGAAGUGUCUCCAGUUCCGCCGCCCCCCCGAGUGCCGCAGGCGCCGGUCCCGCAGGUGUUUCCGCUUCUGCGGCUGUUCCCGCUGAUGCGGCUUCGGCUGUCCCUGCCACUUCGGCGCCGUCUCGCGAUCAUCUUCACGCCACUCGUGUAGUUACACCAGAAGAAGCACCUGCGAAACGCCACACGAGGACACAUGGGUUGAAAUACCAAGACCUGCGACCAACCCAAAAACAACGAGAAGGUUUGGGGCAUCCUUUCUGGCAUGGGCUGACCACUACUUCUGCUGCUGCUCCCGCCGCUUCGGGUACUUCAUGGGGCGGUAGAGGGCCGGGUGCGGGUCCUGGUGUGACUAGUGGCGUAGCUCCUGCUGCGACGCCGCCAGUUGCACAUGCUGCGCGGCGCAGCAUGCUGCGGCAACCGCAGACCUUGUCUGCCGACGGUGGUCCUCCUCCGCCUCCGGCCGCGACUGCUCCAGCGGCUGUGGCAGCAGGCACUCUUCUAGCCGACUCGGAAACACCUUCCCUAUUAGCCGCGGGCAGGGUCGGCUCUGUCGCUUCUUCAGCGCCUGGCGGCGACGGGAAUCCUUUCGCAUCGGGAACUGGUGCGAGUAUGAGCGGUGCAGCAGCUAUUGAUGGUUCUGUUGCUAGCCAGCAGCCGUCGACAUUGGUGCGCCAGCAGGCUCAGGCAGGUCCAUUGCCUCAACCGGGGCCGCCUGCGGUCGUGCAGCAUCUUCCUCCCGCCGCAACACUCUCUGCGCCCACGGCUGGUCCUGCCGCUGGCAUGCCUCCUCCAGUUGGGACUGCUGCCGGGACCACUCCGCUUGCCUCGAUUGUUGCUGGAAUACCGCCACCACCUCCCGCACUAUCAGCCCUGGGCGCGCCCGCCGCCACGAUGAUUACCGGCAUGAUUCCUGGCGGAGCCGGUUCUUCUCCGUCAGCCGCCGCCGUACUACCUUCUGCACCCGGACUCGUACGACCGCCCGACGUUGUCGUACCCGGUACGGUUGCGUCGGCUGUCCCACCGGUGCCUGGUUUCGGAGGAGCUCCGGCUGCUAGUCCCCUGCUGCCGGCCGCCCCCACCAGUACCAUGCCUGCCGGUGCAAGCUGGAGCGCUUCCGGUUCCGGUUUUCCAGGCGCUGCUGCGCAUCAGUAUCCGAUACUGCCGCAACUAGCGGCGCAGCCAAUUUCGCCAGCCCUCCCACAGCCCCCACUAGCGCCGACGAUAGCUGCAAUGGGGCCCCCGGGAAGCGGAAGUGCGAUUCUUGCCUCCGGACCGCCGGCGGCAGCAACGAUUCCUUCACCUGUUGUAUCGGCUCCUGCCGCAGCACCCAUCGCUGCAACUCCACCUCUUCUUGGAGGUUCCUCGAUGGCUCAACCGGUUCAUUUUGUCGGAUCUGGUCAUCCUACCGGGUCUAUGACUGCACCUGGGGCCGCCAUUCCGCCCGUACUGGUGCCGGCAAGAUCUGCUCCGGGGGCCUUUCAAUCACCGGGAGCGUCGAUGGCGAUGCCCCCCCCGGGUUCUCCUGGAAGCCUGAGUGGGCCGCCGCCGGUUUUGGCGCCACCGCGGCCGUCGGGCCAGCAUCUGGUGAGCCCGAUGAUGCCGCUGGCGACAGGAAUGCCCAUGGCCGGUUCGCCUGGUGCAGGUCCGGGCGGAGGCUUUCCAGGAGGCCUUCGAGGUUUCGAUCCUUUCAAAACUUCUGGGCCGGGUAUGAUGCCAUCGCCUGUUCCGCCGCCUGCGACCGGCGCUGCACAACCGGGUUUGCCUCCAACUGCGAUGAAUCAACCACCUCCAAGAUACCCCGGCGGGCUGCCUUUCGGGGCUGGGCACUAUUCCCCACCGCAGGCUGAAGCGAAGCAGGCCGAGCGAGGGAUGGCGGGCCAAGGGGUCGAGGCUACGCCCAGCGGGGUGGAAGUGCCAGUCGAGGUCGUGCAGACCGGCAGUGCAGCUGGAAAAAAAGGCGACGAUGGUGGAAAGAGCUCUGAUGGAGAAGAGGGCUCUGAUGACGAGAGCUCGGGAGCUCGGUCGGGGAUGCGGAUGCCGUGGGACUGGGACUGGAGUAUUUUUGGUUAGCAGGGGGGAAAUGGGAGCUGUGACCAUGCUGGAGCGCAGGACGACCGCAGCCAAGGCAGGUGCAACCGAGAUCAUGUUCAUGACUGGAGGAGAGUCUCAAUGAAAUCGCGAUCAGCGUUCAUCUUGUGCGACAUCUUCUCGCACGAACAUUACUUACCAUCUUUAGCUGUCUAUGCACUGCACAAGUUAGUAUCGUACUCGUACUUCUGAUUUUGACUAUGCAUGACAAAUCUUGUCCUUAUUGUUAUUACAACAUGAUAAAAUCCAGUUCUCAUGCUGAGAAAAUUUGUAUACUUAUUUAUACGACGAGUACGAUACUUUUGCAGAGAAUACCGUCUCUCUGCUGGUGUGAGGUGACGCCGCGGAUGAACUCGAGAGAUGUGGACCAGCGUAUUACAACGACGUCGCGCUGCAACUGACGAUGUUUUUUCUCCAUGUUAAGUAUUCAUGUUGUUGAUUGAAAAUUGAAAUUUGUUUCGCUCGUUCAUUUCUUUGCGUUUCUGACUUUUUCUUAUUUUCGAUUUCGACGUCAGCAGAGUAUUCAGAGGUGGUGUCUGCUCUUGCUUGUACAUUAUUUUAACCACAGUAAGUAUUUUUUUCCGUAGUUUUUCUUGUUCACAUUUGCAUAUCAUAAAAUUAUCGAGACGUACUAGCACUCCAUUUCAUGAGACGCAACGAGAUGUAUCCAACUUUAACUCCAUCUUUCCCGCCGAAUCGUUUUCUUCAACAUUUCUAUACAUUUUUAACCGCACUUCGAAUUAAAAGUUUGUUUCCCUUUUAUUCGUAUAUUGAAAUUUCCAGAAUAUCGAUCUUCAUCUGCUCGUCUCCUGCACAACAAGACUCGAGGUAUGUUCAUACACGCAACUGAUGUUGCAACUAGAACCGACAUAUCGAUAUCUCAUACAUAGACGGCAGAGGAGAACAAAACGGACAACUAGGAACGCUUCUGAU